CUUCUCCACGCGGCGCUCGCAGCUGCGACCUGACGGCCGCUCAGCAACCACUCAGCUCUUUCAGGAACAACCUGACUGCCGAGAAAGGGGUUUAUGUGAAUUUGAGGCAGUUUAUUCGAUUUGUGGAUGGAGUCGUCCUCGCUGGAUUCAUUGAGGGAGGCGGACAGGAGUCUCUCAGAGCCCGCUACACCAGCCUCAGAGACUCCUCACCGCACACCGGUCAAAGCGCACAGCCGCUCCAAGUCCUCCGGGUCCGGGCAGGGGAAAGGUUUGUCAGCAGCUGUGAAGAAGACACACUCAUCUCAGAUUGAAAUCAUCCCCUGUAAGAUCUGUGGAGAUAAAUCAUCAGGGAUCCACUAUGGCGUGAUUACGUGUGAGGGCUGCAAGGGUUUCUUCAGGCGGAGUCAGCAGAGUAACACCAACUACUCCUGUCCCCGUCAGAAAAACUGUCCCAUUGACCGAACGAGCCGAAAUCGCUGCCAACACUGUCGUCUCCAGAAAUGCCUGGCUGUAGGCAUGUCCCGAGACGCGGUGAAGUUUGGCCGCAUGUCUAAAAAGCAGCGGGACAGUUUAUACGCAGAGGUUCAAAAGCACCGCCUCCAGCAGCAGCAGCAGGGUCCGCUCCGGGCCUGCCCCAGCCUCGGCAGCCCCAGUCCGGGCGAGGCCGAGUCGCUGUCUCCCCACUACACCCUGUCCUCCACACCCCUCACAGAGCUGUCAGAUGAGGUGGGACGCUACAUGGAGCAGAACUCACCUGAGGAGCCAUCUUUGUCAUCUAAGCAGGCAGACUCUAGAGAAGGAGGAGGAGUGGAUGGAGGAGGUGGAGGGUUCUACUUGGACAUCCAACCAUCUCCGGACCAGUCAGGGCUCGAUAUUAAUGGGAUCAAGCCGGAGCCGCUGUGUGACUACGGACACAGUAACGGCUUUUUUCCGUACUGUUCCUUCAGUAACGGAGACUCAUCUCCAACCAUGUCCACGACCGAACUUGAUCACUUGGCCCAGGUUGUCUCCAAGUCCCACCUGGAGACGUGUCAGUACCUGAGGGAGGAACUGCAGCAGAUGAGCUGGCAGAGCUUCCUGCAGGAUGAGGUAGAAAGAUACCAGAGCAAGCCGCGGGAGGUGAUGUGGCAGCUUUGUGCUGUCAAGAUCACAGAGGCCAUCCAGUAUGUGGUGGAGUUUGCAAAGCGCAUCGACGGCUUCAUGGAUCUCUGCCAGAAUGACCAGAUUGUGCUGCUGAAAGCAGGUUCACUAGAAGUCAUCUUCGUACGAAUGUGUCGAGUGUUUGACUCACAGAACAACACCGUCUACUUUGAUGGGAAAUUUGCAGGUCCUGACGUCUUCAAAGCGUUAGGUUGUGACGACUUGAUCAAGUCCGUGUUUGAUUUUGCAAAGAGCAUGUGUUCACUGCAGCUGUCAGAGGAAGAGCUCGCUCUCUUCUCGGCGUUUGUUCUGCUCUCUGCAGAUCGGUCGUGGCUGCAAGAGAAGCUGCAGGUGGAGAAGCUUCAGCAGAAGACUGAGUCUGCUCUGCAACAUGUUUUGCAGACUAAUCAGAGAGAAGAUGGAGUUCUGGAAAAGCUCAGGUGUAAAGUGUCGGUGUUGCGUUCACUGUGCACGCGACACACGGAGAAGCUGUCGGCAUUCAGAGCCAUUUACUCCGACGUUGUUCGAACACACUUCCCUCCUCUCUACAAAGAGCUGUUUGCUGCUGACCUCGAGCUGAACCUGCAGACCAGCGACUAAAACAGAGACCAUGUGCUCUACAGAUCAUCCUGAAGGACCAUGCCCAGUGUCCACGGGAACAGAAAACGGGUGACUCAUGCAGCCAGAGGCGGCAGCUGCAUGGCUGCACUUCUCCUGGACUUCUGAGUACAGCAGAAGAAGAAGAGACUUUAACCAACCUGCUCCUCCUCCUCUCAUGGAUGCAGUGAAAAGUCAGGGGGUCUCUCUCCUCUCAUCUUUUGCAUCCAGGAAUCCCAAACCUCUGACAUUAAAAUGCACUUCCAGUACUCGCUCUGAAACCUGGUCUGUUUCCUUCAGCAGAUUGUCCAGACAUGACUUUUUUGUUCCGUUACUGUGAUUUUGCACUCAGCUUGAGGUCAGACAGUAACGGUCCCAACCCGAACGAACCUGGAACUGCUUCAUUACUUCUGCUCUCUGUAAAUGAUGGGAAUUAAUCAGAAAGAGAUGGAGGUCAAACUCCAUCUUUAGGUUGCCAUAAGGCUUCAGUAGUCUCACACUGCAUUCAUGUCCAUUCAUUUAGAUAUAUGAAAGAUUUUUAUUCCUGACUCAGAUCUGUGAUGGACGAUGACGUUCUGACGGUUCCAAGUAGGGACUUAUUUCCAAUUAUGUUUCAGUAACAAAACAACUUUUACCAAGUUCCCAUAGUAAAAGCUUUGUUUCACAUUUGUGCAUCAGUUCAAAUUGCUACAUAAAUAUCUCAUUUUUUAUUAGAAGAGUUUUUUUGAUAAUACAACAGUUUAAUUUGUAUGCUCAGAGUUGAUCAGAUCAUAUAGAUUAUUGAUUCUGAUAAUUGAUAAUAAACAUCAGAAUAAUUCCCAGCACAUCAGAGUGUGGAGAAGAAGUUGUGGAGGGCUUGACUUUGUAGACAGAAAGGUAAAAGAUGAAUUCUCAAAUUUGGCUUCCUGCGAACUAGAGGUCAGUAUUACUGUUUGUAAUCUUUAACACUUUUAACUGCAUUAACAUGUAUUUUAGAUGUUUGUUUUUCUUUUUCUGGGGAAAAAAUGCUUCGGAGCGUCUGAGGCUGCUGGGAAGUCGAGUCCUUACAUUAACCAUUUGAGUUCUGUGCUUAUUUUUUAGACCUCUGCUCAAAAAUUGCACACCCAUAAUGAAAUGAAUAUGUCUCUGCAACCAGAUGGUCUAUUUGAAUGCUUUGAGACACUUUGAGAAUGAAUAUGAAUAUCUCUUUCACUAGUUAGUGAAAUAAAUAUAGAAGCUGAUGCACAUUGACGGCAUCACUUCCCUCGUGGAAAUAAACAUUUUCCUUAACUUCCUGCUAAUAUCUCUCCAUAAACAUCGGAGCAAAGCAGAGCUUUUGUUUGUUAGUGUUUUCAUGAUUGAAUCAUGCACAACUCUCUGUACAUGGCUGGUUUUAGUUGAAAGUACAAAAGACUUUGCAUCCAUCCAUUUUUCUGCAUCCAAAUGGAUGGUCUCUAAAAAGGAGGUUUGAUUAAAAAUUAAUCCUCCUUUUAGUACAAGCUGAUGAAAAUAGUUUUAAGUAUAAGACUAUUGCCAAUUCUCAUUCUGUUUAAAACUGUUACAGGUAUUACUUCUCAGACAGCGUAACACAUUCAAAUAAAUUUUCUUUAGACUGGCAGCAGAAAUAUUGAAUCGAUAACUUACCAGAGCACAGGUUUAAUGACGUUUGACCGAAUCUGAAUAAAGAUCUAGUAUCAAAUCCUUUUCUUGUUUAACACAAAUGGAAUAAAAAAAAAUCAUAAAAUAUCAUAAAUUUUCAACCUAAAUGUCAAGUCAUUAAUACAGUGAAUGCAGCAGAAGGUUUUUACACAUUUUGCAUCAACAUAUGAAAAGGAAGUUUUCUGAGAAACUUUAUGAAUGCAGAUAUUUUACCUGUUUAGGAGUCGGGUGUAGAACUAAAACUAACCAUUUACCUACCCAGUGAUGUGAAAAGCUGCAAAAAAUGUGCUCCUUCCUUUGAAUUCAGAUGCAGAUUUUUAACAGAAAAUAAAUCACUGUCCAUAAUUUCGUUCCUCAUCGUCCUCCUGCUUCGGCACCUGCCUACCAACAUCAGCCCCAGCAGCCAGUCUGUAGCACCACCUUGUGGCUCAGACAAGGAAGUGCAGGUCCUUUACAUUGUGACAGCGUUUUAGAUUUAUUAUGACCUCCACCAAGGCGGAAAUCUAAUCUCAAAACCAGAAUAACAUAUUUGAUUUUGGGGGUAAUCUGGAUCACUGCCUGGAUCCAAGAAUUUUUUUAAGGAUUCUUUACAAUAGGGAUCAUUUUGCCAAUAGAGUUUGUAACUCAAAAAUAAUGGCCACAAUUAUUGGCAAAAAAAGAUAAAUAAAUAAAUAAAAGAAAAGAAAACAGUGUUUUGGCAGAGGUCUGCUUCUCUGAGUGCUUCUAGUUUAUUCCUGUGAAGCCAGUGUGCAGCUGCUCUUCAGUCAAGUCAAUCAAUAAACUAAGAAAAAUUGGCAAUAAAACUUUAAAACUACAUUUUACCUGAUACCAAACACUCACAAGAUUUUUCUCUUUGUUCCUUUCAAUAAAACAUCUUUUUUUCUGUCUGAAAAUGACACAAACUCUGAUAAAACUGACACAGCCUAACUGAAGCAAUAGUAGCCUGUUGGCUAACAGUCCAUGCAAAAUAAAGUUGACUAAUGGGCACGGUGUCAAAACUGUAAACAGGUAAAAAGAUUAAUAUUUAAAAAAGCUAUGCAGACGUCUUUAAAACACGUUGCACUACAGCAAAUCUGCUGCUCUAACCCACAGCACACAUUAUACAGUUUGUAACAUCACAAUUCUCAGAGGAUCCACAUUUUCCCACCAUCACAAUCAGGGUUUGUGGGUUAGUUU